AUGACCACCAUCAUCCACAAAUCCACCUUUCCCGACAUUGAACUGUUCCAGGGCUCCAUCACAGACUUCAUUCGAACCGGCGCGUACGCCGAGGACGACUACAAGCCGUGCAUGAUCGACGCCGAGACCGGCGAGCAGCUGACACAGAAACAGAUUCUCGACUGCGCCGACCAGUUCCGAUCUCUGUUGUACCAACAUGGCGUUCAGAAGACCCCCAACCGAGACGAACGAAUUGGGGACGUGGUCAUCCCCUUCAUUGACAACAACAUCUAUCUACCAGCCAUCCAUUACGCGUGUUUGGAGCUCGGCUGUUGUAUGAACCCGGCUUCCACCCAGCAGACUCCCCUGGAGCUGUCCAAGCAGAUCCGAGUCACCGACCCCAAGGUCAUCAUCUACCAGCGAAAGUACCGAAAGACGGUGAUGCACGCCAUCGACCUCGUCUGCUACACAAACUUCCCCAUUGUCAUCGAGUUCGAGACCAUGUUGUUUCUGCGAAACUCGGUGCCUCCUCCCCCCAAGAAGGCCAAGUUUCACAUCACCUCCACCGAGCAGGCUCGAAAGCGUAUCGCCUAUCUGGGCAUGUCCUCGGGCACCUCGGGCAAGUCCAAGGCGGUCCGGCUGUCGCACCACAACAUUGUCGCCUGCUCUCAGGUCUCCCAGGUUACCUUCCCUGCUCUCUACAAGGCUUCCAACGUGUGCGUCGCCGUGCUCCCUUCCUGCCACGUCUUUGGCCUCUACAUCUUCUUCAUGGUGCUGCCCCGAUCCGGAGGAACCACCAUCAUGCAUACCAAGUUCGAUCUCAAGCAGCUGCUGGAGAGCCAAAAGAAGUACAAAGCCAACUUCCUGCCCCUGGUGCCUCCCAUCGCCGUGCAACUCGCCAAGAACCCCAUGGUCAAGAACUAUGCCGACUCCCUCAAGCAGGUCAAGCUCAUCAUGUCUGCGGCUGCUCCUCUUGGCGCUGAGGUGACCCAGUCUCUUAUCAAGGCGAUCGGACCGCAGGUUCGAGUGGUCCAGGGCUAUGGAAUGACCGAGACUUCUCCCUGCGUCACUCUGUUCGAUCCCGCGGACCCUCACCUCCACAUCAAGGCUUGUGGCAAGCUGGUGCCCAACUGCGAGGUCCGAAUUGUUGCUGACGGCGUCGACCAGCCCGCAUACUCGGGCUCUGUGUCUGACGUUGCCAAGAACAAGACCGACAACCUGCCUGUUGGAGAGAUCUGGGUCCGAGGUCCCCAGGUCAUGGAUGGCUACCACAAGAACAAGUCUGCCACCUCCGAGGCCUUUGUCGAGGCUAACGACUCUUCUGUCUGCUACAACACCAAGUGGCUUCGAACCGGAGACGUCGGUCUGGUUGACUCUCUGGGUCGAUUUAUGAUUGUCGACCGAACCAAGGAGAUGAUCAAGUCCAUGUCCAAGCAGGUGGCCCCCGCCGAGCUCGAGGAUAUGUUGCUGGCCCAUGCUGACGUGUCUGACGCUGCUGUUAUCGGUGUUGAGAAUGAAGCCAAGGGAACCGAGCAAAUCCGAGCCUUCCUGGUGCUCAAGAAAGGCGGAGACGCUCUCGAGGUCAAGAAGUGGAUGGACUCCAAGCUGCCCAAGUACAAGCAGCUUCACGGCGGAGUGGUCGUAAUUGAUCAGAUCCCCAAGUCUCAGGCCGGCAAAAUUCUGCGACGGAUGCUGAGACUUAGACAGGACGACGUUGUUCUUGGUACUGACCAAGCUAAGCUGUAA